UGGGAAUUAUAUUUAAGUUAAAGAAGUUUCCGUCAAACGACAGCUUAUAUUGGAUGCUCUUAGAUUUAUAUCGAAACACCAACGACAAUGCAGAAAAUCUUCGAUACAUUAUUGCUGUACUUUUUGACCAUCUUUGGAUAUUUUGGAGAAGUGACACUAUAUAGUGUAUUCCAUGACAAAUCCAAACCUAUGGACUCUACUGGUUGCUUGUUCGAGGGGAGGAUCAUUCCUGACGGAAAAUCAGUAGCCAUAAAGGGGUCUUGUCAAAUCUUGAAAUGUUAUGGAAAUAAAUUCCAAAAAUCUAAUGAAGAGUGUGCGACAAUUACAUCCAGGACAUUCAAAUGUUUUCCUGGAGAGUCACACAUUGACCAGAAAACUUGUAUCAUGUCGUCGUGUUUUGUCGACCGUAAGGGAUACAGCAUGACACACACGAAAGGAUGCAAAAUAAAUGGGAAGUGUGUCUUUCCGUCGGACUUUAAGGAUACAUUUGGUCUCCGAUUUUUGUGUCAUCAUAUGAGGUGUACCGGAAAAGGAAUCAUCAAAUCUCAGAGAAAGUCUCUGUGUUCCGAGGGUGAUCUAUGUCGCUCGACACGCUGGAUCGAUGCAUACAAGUGCAUGGACUAAGAUGUGAUAUUAUUCCCUUUCAUCUCAUUCUGUAAAUAAGCAUCAUAUCACAGGUCAUAGAUGAUGUAUUGUUUUUUUGGUUUCAUUUUCCAUUGUUUUUAUAGUUACAUUGUUGAAAUAUUUGUGUGUGGGUGAGAGAGAGAGAGUCUCUUUUUUAAAAACUCUUUGUGCUUUGUGUGUUAAAUAUAUUUUUGAAUAAA